AUGAAGGGGAUCAGAGCAGCGAUUGGAGCGGAGAACUGGAAGCGCCUUAAAGAGACUGCGCGGCCGGGCGGGGGACACCCCAAGUCUGCGUGGCCCCCGCGCCGCCACGCCCAGUGGCCGCCUGAGCCCUGCGAGCAGGGGGAGGAGCCGCCGCCAGUAGAGGCGGAGGAGGUAGAGGAGGCGGAGACGGCGGAGACGGCAGAAAGGAAGGUGGAGGCGGAGGCAAAGGUGGAGGGGAAGGUGGAGGCGGGGAAGGUGGACGCCGCUGGGAAGGUGGACGCCGCGGGGAAGGUGGACGCCGCCGGGAAGGUGGAGGCGGCGGGGAAGGUGGACGCCGCCGGGAAGGUGGAGACAGCGGAGGGUCCGGGCCGCCGGGUUGAGCUCAAGCUGGAGCCAGCAACCGAGCCGGUCCGGGAGGCGGAGCACGAGCCGAAAGGGAAGCAGGAGCUGGAGGAUGAGAACCCAGCGCGGAGCGGCGGUGGCGGCAGCAGCGACGAGGUUCCUCCCCCCACCCUCCCUUCCGACCCACCGCGGCCCCCCGAUCCCUCCGCGCGUCGCAGUCGUGCUCCCCGCCGCCGACCCCGACCCCGGCCUCAGACCCGGCUUCGUACCCCGCCGCAGCCUAGGCCACGGCCCCCACCACGGCCCCGGCCCCGGCGCGGCCCUGGGGGCGGAUGCCUGGAUGUGGAUUUUGCCGUGGGUCCACCAGGCUGUUCCCACGUGAAUAGCUUUAAGGUGGGAGAGAACUGGAGGCAGGAACUGCGGUUGAUCUACCAGUGCUUCGUGUGGUGUGGAACCCCAGAGACCAGGAAAAGCAAGGCAAAGUCGUGCAUCUGCCAUGUGUGUGGCACUCAUUUGAACAGACUCCACUCUUGCCUUUCCUGUGUCUUCUUUGGCUGCUUUACCGAGAAACACAUUCACGAGCACGCUGAGACAAAACAACACAAUUUAGCCGUAGACCUUUAUUAUGGAGGUAUAUAUUGCUUUAUGUGUAAGGAUUAUAUAUAUGACAAAGACAUUGAGCAAAUUGCCAAAGAAGAGCAAGGGGAAGCUUUAAAAUUACAAGCUUCCACUUCAACAGAGGUUUCUCACCAGCAGUGUUCAAAACCAGGCCUUGGUGAGAAAUAUCCGACCUGGGAAACAACCAAACCAGAGUUAGAACUGCUGGGACACAAUCCACGGAGAAGGAGGAUCACCUCAAGCUUUACCAUCGGUUUAAGAGGACUUAUCAAUCUUGGCAACACGUGCUUUAUGAACUGCAUUGUCCAGGCACUCACCCACACUCCAAUCCUGAGAGAUUUCUUUCUCUCUGACAGGCACAGAUGUGAAAUGCCAAGUCCUGAGUUGUGUCUAGUUUGUGAGAUGUCUUCUCUUUUUCGAGAGUUGUAUUCUGGAAACCCAUCUCCUCAUGUUCCCUAUAAGUUACUGCACCUGGUAUGGAUACAUGCACGCCAUUUAGCAGGGUACAGGCAACAGGAUGCCCAUGAGUUCCUCAUCGCAGCAUUAGAUGUGCUGCACAGGCAUUGCAAAGGUGAUGAUGUUGGGAAGGCAGCCAACAAUCCCAACCACUGUAACUGCAUCAUAGACCAAAUCUUCACAGGUGGCCUGCAGUCUGAUGUUACUUGUCAAGCCUGCCAUGGCGUCUCUACCACAAUAGACCCAUGUUGGGACAUCAGUUUGGACUUGCCUGGCUCUUGCACCUCCUUCUGGCCCAUGAGUCCAGGGAGGGAGAGCAGUGUGAAUGGGGAAAGCCACAUACCAGGAAUCACUACACUCAUGGACUGCCUGCGAAGGUUUACAAGGCCAGAACACUUAGGAAGCAGUGCCAAAAUCAAGUGUGGUAGUUGCCAAAGCUACCAGGAAUCUACCAAACAGCUUACAAUGAAUAAAUUACCUGUUGUUGCCUGUUUUCAUUUCAAACGGUUUGAACACUCAGCCAAACAGAGGCGCAAGAUCACUACAUACAUUUCCUUUCCUCUGGAGCUGGAUAUGACACCAUUUAUGGCCUCAAGUAAAGAGAACAGAAUGAAUGGACAGUUGCAGCUGCCAACCAAUAGUGGAAACAACGAGAAUAAGUAUUCCUUGUUUGCUGUGGUCAAUCACCAAGGAACCUUGGAGAGUGGCCACUAUACCAGCUUCAUCCGGCACCACAAGGACCAGUGGUUCAAAUGUGAUGAUGCUGUCAUCACCAAGGCCAGUAUUAAGGAUGUGCUGGACAGUGAAGGGUAUUUA